AAAAGCUCCCACCGCAACCAAAAAGCUCCCCAUUCACGCCUCUUCCACAAGAUGGGCAUCGUGGAAGAAGCUCACAACGUGCGGGUGCUGGGUGCGGGAGAACAGAUUAUCGUACUCGCGCACGGGUUCGGUACGGACCAAUCGGUGUGGAAGCACCUUGUGCCCCAUCUGGUGGACAAUCACCGUGUAAUCCUGUUCGACAACAUGGGCGCCGGGCCGACUAAUCCCGACUACUUCGACUUCGAUCGCUACUCCUCGCUCGACGGCUACGCCUAUGAUCUCCUCGCCAUACUGGAAGAGCUCCACGUGGAGUCGUGCAUCUUGGUGGGCCACUCCGUGUCCGCGAUCGUCGGUGCCCUGGCAUCCAUCAGCCGGCCUGAUCUUUUUACCAAGAUCAUCAUGAUCUCCGCUUCUCCAAGGUAUCUGAAUGACGUUGAUUACUUCGGAGGAUUCGAACAAGAAGAUCUUGAGCAGCUCUUCAAUGCAAUGCAAUCCAAUUACAAGGCAUGGGUCUCAGGGUUCGCGCCAUUGGCUGUCGGUGGCGACAUGGACUCGGUCGCAGUGCAGGAAUUCAGCCGGACCUUGUUCAAUAUCCGGCCAGACAUUGCAUUGAGUGUAGCCCAGACCAUAUUUCAAAGCGAUAUGCGGCAGUUUUUAUCGUUGGUAGUGGUCCCGUGCCACAUCCUGCAGAGUAGCAAAGAUCUGGCCGUCCCCGUCGUCGUGGCCGAGUAUCUCCACCGCAAUCUGGGUGGCGAUUCGAUCGUAGAAGUCAUGGCUUCGGAUGGACAUUUGCCGCAGCUGAGCUCGCCAGACAUUGUAAUCCCCGUUUUGCUUAGGCACAUUCAGCAUGACAUCAUCGUCUGAUUAUGGAAUACUGUAAGUGUGGUUAUGAUCAUGCGGUCUUGAUCAUGGAUGGCUUGAUGGUUGGUUAGAAUUUAUUUUCCUAAUUUCUGUUGCAUUUGAUAAUCAUGUACACGUCUGUUUUCUGUUUUUGGGGACACCAAUUGAAGGGCUAGGAUUUUGGUUGGCA